CCAUCUUCUUCUUCUAGCUUUUAUCAGAGGGGGAGACAGCAGUUACUCCUUCGAGCAGAGAGGAGCCGAGGAGAGUCAAAGAUGAGCGGAGCCAAAGCCCGCAGCGACGCGCCUGUUGCUGAAAACGUCUCCAGCGGCGGGCACAGCACUGCGGCUCCUCCGCGGGACCGCAAGCCUGGUGGAGGGGUUCUAAAGAGGCUCAAGUCCCGGAGGAGCCAGGUGGACAGUAGGCCCGUCACGGAGGAAGACCUGCGGAAACAGAGUGGACACAUCACGCCGGAGGAUGUGUUGGGACUGCGGGUGGCAACGCGAGGGUAUCUCUGUAAACCAGAGGACAAUAUUUAUAACAUUGACUUUGUGCGCUUUAAGAUCAGAGACCUGGAGACCAGCACUGUCCUAUUUGAGAUUGCUAAACCCCCACAUACAGAGGAUGAUGAGGAGAACAGAGAGGCAGAUGCCAGCGCAGGCCGAUUUGUACGUUACCAGUUCACCCCAGCCUUCCUCCGACUGAGGACCGUGGGAGCUACGGUGGAAUUCACCGUUGGAAACCGGCCUUUAAACAACUUCCGCAUGAUUGAGAGGCACUACUUCCGUGAUCACCUGCUGAAGAGCUUUGACUUUGACUUUGGCUUCUGUAUCCCAAACAGCCGUAACACCUGUGAGCACAUCUACGAGUUCCCUCAGCUGUCUGAGAGCCUGGUCCGUCAGAUGGUGGAGCGUCCUUAUGAGACCCGGUCAGACAGCUUCUACUUCGUCGAGAACAGACUGGUCAUGCACAACAAGGCAGACUAUGCUUAUAAUGGAGGACAGUGACAGGGAGUAACUGCCUGCUAGCAUGCAAACACAAGCACAAACAUGUGCAUGCACACACAUGUACUCACAUUUAUAGCUAUACAUAUACACACAUGCAUCGACAUGGCUAAACAUACAUACAGUUGAUUCACUCACAGCUACAGACACGGUUGAGUUACCUAUUGUGUUUGUAAAGAUGAAUUGCCAUUCAUUGCUGACAUUUUCAGGGGAUUUAUUUGAUAUUGCAGUAGGUCAAUAUCACUCUGUACUCUGACAUCUAAACAGGAAGCUGCUGUUAGAUAGAGGUUCAAACGGGUUAAUUUAUCUGUUUUUAAUUAUGGACAGAUUGCUUUAAAACCAAAGAGGACUCAUCAUUCUAGUGGCCAUGUGAUGUUUGUCUCAAACAGACCAAAUGGUUAUUAGAUAGAUGGUUAGUCUCCUCUUAGCAAUUUUAAAAGUGUCCUACCACCCACUCAAAGCACAGGCACACAUUUGCACACACACACUCAAUCCCCAAGUGACACACAUAGUGUUUACGCAGUGUUUGUCAGAAGCAGCUGUUCUCAGAGCUGCCGCCUCCACAAUCCACUCCAGACAAUAUCGGGGGAGAAAGAGAGAAGCCAUCCACAAAAACACUCCUGUCAAACACACAUGGUCACUCCUGUGAUCCUCUCCCCACCUCCCUCUCCUCUUUCACUUUCAUACGCACAUAAACACAUCAGAAAUAGUACUGUACAUUGAUCAGAGGUCUCUGAGAUAUUACUCUUUUAUUUUCGUUUUACAUUUUUCUCUGGUUGAUAACACGGAAACUGAUGUAAUUGGAACUUUUGACUGCGACCAAAUAAGCCUUGAGUAAUAAACAACAGUAAAAAAGGAAGUUUCAAGUAGAAAAUGCUCAUCGUUUCAGAGAGGGGCAGAUAUGAUUUGCAUAUGAUGAUAUAAACCAAAAAAGGGAAAGAGUUUCAUAAAUUAUUUGGCAUUCAGUGUGAUAAAAAUGAAAAAUAAGUAUACUCGGUCCAAGGAAGAGGUUGGGCUUCCUUAUUUGAAAGUCACCUCAAAUAUUCUUAACCCCCAUCUUAGUUAAACCACCUGUAUUUUUAAAUCAUUCCUUUUGUCAUGCACAUCUUGAAACAUCAAAAUCAAGUUAGAUUAUGUUGGAAUAAUUGAGUGGUAUUUCUUCUAUCUAGAUAGUGUACCUCCUCUUUGUACUUUGUAAACUUUGGUGUUCAGGGUUAAAGGUUGUGUUUGUAAAAAAAA